CCAUCCAAUCCUGGUACUCAUUUUGAUGCUCAAAGAUGACAUAAAAGCUGCACGCCAGGAAGGAAUGCCCACUGAGGAGGAAGAAAGCAGCCCUGCACUCCUCUGUGAUUGGGACUGACUGUGUUGUUGCUGGGUGGAACAGCGUAAUGCUGCUGCUGCUGCUGCUGCUCCUGCUCCAGCAGUGUGAUGUUUCUGUUCCAGAUUGUGCUGACUCACAUCCAAGAAAAUAUGAUACACAGAUAUAAUGCACUGUAACUCUUUUCCUUCCCCCCCGUAACCUCGAAAGUUUCUGUAGCUAAUGCAUUAAAUGGCUGAGAGAGCAGCUGUAAUAUCAAGAGAUGAAGAGAAGAUCCAAAACAGCAGUGAUGAUGAAGACAGGUUUCCUACUCAAGUUGCUGUAACAGCAUCCCCUGGUUGCUCUGCCUGCCCUUCACUAGACAGCCUUGAUGAAGACAAGGGAAGCUCAGCAGAGCCAGAAAGACUGUCUGUCCUCUGCAGCAGGGCAGUGGAGCAGCUAAAAGCCCCAACUGGCCCAGAGAUCGUUCGUGGUGGCCAGGCACAGACAACAGUCCGUGGGCUGGCUGAGCAUCCUCUGGCAGCUGUAGAUGCAUCCUUGGGUGCCUCCUCAUGCCCUGCAGCAGUUGAUAACCUGCUGCCUGUGCACCUUGCCUCCUUGUAUGACAAAAGCCCCUGCUGUGAUGGCAAACUGAGCUCAGAGGUGCUGCAGGUCCCGAGGGUGCCCGGUGAGGCCCUGCAGGCACGGACUGGCACCCAGCAGGCAGGGAAUGACACCCAGCAGGCAGGGACUGACACCCAGAGCAGCAUGGCCUCCUGCAGUUUGGGCCGUGUGAUUUGGAUGAAGACCACAACAGUAAUGGAGACCUUAGAAAAGAAGAAGAAGGAGGAAAAGGAGAAGUACCAGCUCCAGCUAGCAAUGUACCGACGGCUCCUGCUGCUGCGCUCCAUCAGGAGUUUGCAUAGGCAGCUGGAGCAGCAGCAGGCCAGGCUGCAGGAAUGCUAUGGCACGGUGAUAAAUACAAAGAAAGAAGUGUUGAAACACAUUUGCCCAACCUCGCCCUCACCUUCGCCGUAAUCAUGUUGCUGCCUGCAGAAAUGAGCUUUGCAAUGCCACCCGAGCCGCCUUGCAUGCCAUCGGGGUGGUGUCUUUGUGUGCGCCGAGCAGAGAGGAAACAGCAGCAGCAGCAGAUCAAGAAGAGAGGAGAUAAGGUACAGCCUUAGCCCCUGAAUUUAUUUGGAGGAAAAAGGAGCAAGGGUGAACCUGUGCAAGAAGCUGGCUCCUGAUUCCCAUUCAAAGCCUCAAGGUGGAAAAGGAUUUUUUUGGCAGAUAGGUUUGUAAAAAGGAAAAAGUCACCACAAACUGGGAACCUAGUUUGUCACCUGACCCAUAAAGGAUGCAAAGUUGCUGCCUGCUGAAUAUGUAAUAUGGUACAUCUCCCUUCUACUUUCAGAGCCAACAAAAUUUGAACAGAAUUAGGGUUUAUUUAUCUACAAGAAUAUCCGAAUUUAAAAAAUCAGGAUAUUUGAAACACUUAGGCUAAGACUUGAUUAUAUCUACCAAGCUGCCUGUUUUUCACAAAACUACUAUGGACACUGUAUGUUUGCAACCUCUACUUUCCUUUAAAAUUAAUUCAGAUUGAUCAGAAAUUAUUGUGGAAAGGUAGGACAGCCAAACACACACAGGGAAAGAAUGCAAAAGCCUAAGCCUGAUUUCCUCAGGAAAGUAAUGUAAAAACAAGGGCCUUGUAGUCUGACGUUGCACUGGAAACCCAGGCUGGCAGUGCCAGGGGAAUGUUCAAGGUCUACACAAUUAUUAAUCUGCUGCUAAUUCCCAAUGGCACUAGCAUCUGCAAAUCAAGCAUAUUUUGUGCCUUACUGCUGUCAUUUAAUGCAAGUUGGUGACAAUUAGCACUUUUUAUCCAGGUGUAUCAGACAUGUGGAAAACCCUGGAGCGCUGUUUCUCCAAUUGCAAGGUUAGGAUGCCUGCAGGGAAUUUGAUGUCAGUAUGCAACAAACACACAGGGAAAAUGAAAACAAAAAGAUGCAACUUUCUUGUAUGCAUUUAAAAGGCAAUGUGAGUCACUAUUAUUGAACAGCAAAUUGAAUAGUUGAAUGUGCUGUUUUAGGAUCGGAAGCAAAAUAUGAUUCAAGAAGGAAAGCCACAGAAAUAUUUCCUAUUCUACAAUUUCAAGGGAUACAGAAAUAUCUUUGUUCCCAAAUAUUUAUUUCUGAUCAUGCCAGCUAGAUGAACAAUUAAACAGGUUUUGGUGUGGGGUUUUUUCUGCAUAAAAAGGCAUGUCUGCUUUUAAUCAUCCUUUAUGAAAAUAAUGUGCUAUAUAGAGGAAAAAUGUUAUUCUCACAUUAUUUUUGAUAUAUAUACAGGGAGGGGUAUGUGGUUGUUAGUGUAUGCAUGUGCACACACCUCCCUGUAUUCAAGAAGCUAUGAAAGGCUGAUGCUUCUUUUCCUGUAGCAGAAGCAGGAAUAAUCUCUCAAAAUAAUCUCUGCUGUCUACGAGGAGUUUGUUUGAUUAGAUUCACAUGCACACAUCUGUGAGCAAGGUAUUGAAGUAAUUCAACAAAUGAAGUGCAGCACAACAUUGUCAUUAUUCCGUCUUUGUAUAUCUGUGCACCCAAAAAUUAUGGAAGCCCCCUGGGUAUGCACAACCUUAGACAGGUUCAUUCAUUUCCUUGGGCCCUUGUGUAGCCUCUCAUGCAACACGAACCAGUAACUUUGAAUGCAGAAUUACCAUAGAAACAUCCUUGGCAUCAAGGAGAUAUUUGAAGGAGCAUCCUCUACUGCCUCAUUUGGGGAAUUUAGGUUGCCAGAGGCCUUUAGUGGGCUACAGAAGAGAGCUGCUGGUCACAUGUGACUGGGAAACAUUACUCCUGAGCUCUGAUCCCAUCUCGCUCUCUGCUCAGCCUUCGGAAAGCUGUUGUCUCUCAGCAAUGCAGGUUUCCUAAAGAAUGCUUAAAUACUAAACUUGCCUCAAAGGUAACCUGUUCUUUCUUCAUGUGCCUCUAGAGAAGGAUUCAAGGGGUUGAUCGUGGUCAAGAGUCCCUCGUGAAGAUUUUUUAAUUUCUUUCCCCCCAUACUUCUUGCACUAGAAAAGCCUUUUUGUCAUUGUUAAGAGUAAGUAUUAUAUGAACCAAACACAAGCAAAUCACUAUGAUAUCACCUCCUUUGGGCAAAGAUAUAUUGGAGAAGGGUCACAUCUCAAAAAUAUUGCUGCAUUUUGAAACCAAAUGUCAAAUUUUUCCCUUUAGGAAGACACUCAAAAUGAAUAUUUUUGUUAAUGUUAGCCAACUUUUCUUUAGAACUGAAAAGAUAAUUAUCUUUUAAAGUGCAUUCAGAUUGACUGGCACUAUCAUGUAACUUUCCACUGAGAUAUAAUAGAUCAAUGAAAAUAUCACCCCACCUCACCAAAAUACAAAAAAAGCCAUUAAAACAAAGUAACAGUUUUGCCUCAGUAGCUGCUGAAGUAGAGCACUGUUCUGCAUUUGCUGCAAGAGUGCCCUACAUUACUGCACAGAGCUACCUAUAGUGUCAUAUUUGCAUACCUAUAGUGUCAUAUUUGCAUUAAGGAGUGACUAGAAUAAGAUUAGGAAAUACAUUUCACAUAACAACUAGUGCAGAAAUAGUUAAUCUGUCAGUCUGUCCAACUAUAAAUUCUUUGUGGCAGAACAGUGAUAAUCUUUGUUUUGUACAUCAUCACAUAAAAUUUCUUGAUCCUAACUGGGAUCAGUAGAUGCUUCUGCUUUAUGAAUAUUAAAUACUGAAAGAUUUGUGCAUGAGCAAUGCUAUCUGAUAGCUGGCAGGAAAAUGAAGCCAGAAGUUAUUCUGUGUGUGCACACUCCUUCCAUGUAGUACUUCUAUGGAUACAAGCAAAAUAAAUAUUAACUGAGGAAAUAACUUCAGUCUUUGCAAGAAUUUGCUUUCCAGCCAGUGCUUCUAGUGGUUACUAAUAAGUGGAGUUGGACAAAACAGUUUAAGGCAAUAUGACUUUUUAAAUUAGUUUAUUUUAGAAGCUUGGAAAAUGUGGCUUAGCAGCUACGGGCUUUUUCCUUGUAUGUUUUAGUGUGUUUUGGAAGUUGAAGGUCAGUGAGAAAGUUCCAGAAUGCCAUGGGUAACUCUCAGAGGUGUUUUCAGGCAUAUCAAACUGAGCAACAGUCUCAGGCUGAAUACAAGUGUUUCCUCUCUUAUAGUUUGACUCUUCAUGUUCCUAAGAGCUUUGGUGCUUUGGGUGAGGUCCGAUGAAAUUUCUUAAAAUUUGUACUUUUAUCUGAACUCGACUCUCGGCCCUCACAGGAACUGGGGUAAUGAUGACAAAUUGAGCAGUUUCAGUAGGACCUUUCUCCCCAUUAUCUUUACUGAACUUCCAGAGCCUGCCAAACUAAUGAUCUGUGGGAGAAAUAUUCCAGGCACCCCAACAACUUGUGUACUUUUACAGCAAAGAUUGAAGGUAGAUUAUGCUGCCUGAGCUGUAAGGUCCUGCUGCUCACCUGUUUCUGAAAUGGCAGAAAAUAAUCAUGGGUUUACUGUGAAAGAGAGGAAUAUUUAAAAGGUGUCAGCCCUCUCAUAACAGUUGCUAAUACUAAAAAAAUUGUAGCUUCUGCCAACCUAAAGCCAGAAAUAUUCAAGAACAGAAUGGAGUUAUAAUACACUUGAGUGACAAAAUGCAUUACUGAGAUGUUCUUCUACAGAAGUCCUUCUCUUUUGCAUCCCCAACAUUUCAGUGGGCUGAACUGCUGUCCUAGAGACUGGUCAGAACUGUGGUUUUGCUAUUUCUGUUGUUGAUGACACGAGUCAGUCAAGAUAAACAGCCCACCUAAACACAUUCAUUUAUUACCUUUUGUGAUGUAGCUCUGCAAGGGAUUUGUUCUGUUCCUCCUUCCUGAGGUUUUCCUAUGUGUCAAUCAUAUUUUUUAAUUAGCAAAGUGAAAAUUUUAUGGAUUUAUAGUAAAUUAGUGAUGUUGUGGUAAACUUAUGAUCCAUGUACUGCUAAAUGCAGAUCCCCCUGGAUUGUUCUUGGAACUGUGAAAAUUAUGGACUCUGGUCAUGACAUAAGCAUACAAAACAUAGAUUUAAAGAUGGCAUUGUUUAAAUCUUUCCUAGAUGAUAAGUAGACUAGGAGAGACCCUUUAGAAUCUUUGUUACAGUUUAUUUCUUCAAAUGUUAUUAAUCUAGAAUAUAAAUGCAUUGGGGAGGCCCUUUUGCUUGUGACUGUUGAAAGCAGUAAUGCAAAGAUGGGUUUGGGAUAUGCUUGAAUGGGACUGCACUCCAAACGCACUCAGCAAGGAGCGAGAGUUCCUCACUUUUAAAACUCAGGGAUUCAGGGCAUGAUAGCCAAAACCCUGGAUGGUGGAUGGAGUAGAAUUACAGGAGAAGUUUCAGGGUUUGAUUUUUAAUUCAGCAUGCAGAAUCUCACACUGGACAGUUUCUUUUUUCAGUUAAGGGUACCAUUUACUUCUUCUCACUCCUGGAAAAGCUCUUUUGGAUCAUUUGGCUAGGUUUAUGCCAGUGGUUGUUUGUGCAAUGCGCAAAUUGUUUCCCAUCUCUGAAUUCGAGUGACAAUAGAUAUUGCUGCCAAAGUAUAUACAUACAACUUAGUCCCCUAAAUCUGGCUGCCCCCCUAAAUUAUAAUAUAUUGAAAUUGAGUGUCCUGAUGAUUUUAAAUGUCAUUUUUAUGUGUGCCAGGACUUUGAGGUAUGCCUUGUUCAUGUUCCUUCUUAAUUUUGAUGCAUUUCUACCUCUUAGUAUCUUCAAACAGCUACAAAUGUCUUGUAUGGCACUAAUCUUUGUCUCUCUGGCUUUUCUAUAUUUGGAGGCCUUCCCAUAAGUCCUUUGUGCUAUUAAAGAAAAGGGAGUUAGUUGGUUUUGUUUUGUUUCUUUUUAAUUUAGUGAAAACUUGAAGCAGAGGAGAGGGUUCUGUGAAGACAUUUUUAGAGGUUUUACUUAAAUGUCUUGAAAAUAACAGCGGUUCUUACAGCUGCAAAUAAGUUCCCCUAAUUGUAUUGAUCAUCUUCUCACACAAUUUUAGCCAAGUCUACAAAGCAAAUGAAAAAGUUGCCUCCCUCUUUGGCAAAUGAAGUCUGUAAGUCCGCUGCCCAAAGUGACUUCUGUGUGCAUGAGAAGCAAGAAAUUCUUGAGAAUCUCAAUAAAAGUUACAUUUUCCCUUUGAUGGGUGGGGGUUGGAAAGGAAAGGGAAUGUGUGACCAUUCAUCAUAGCACCAGGCUCGUUAGUACCCAGGAACUUUCUACUCUAAAUGACAAAGAGUUUCACUGUCACCAAAGAGAAAUUGCUGCUGACCUUAGACCUCUUUUUGGAAAGUAAAAUAAUGGAGCACAGGAGCAGAGUUUGAUAUUUGACCGAAUUCUACACAAUUAUCAUGCAUGUGUAUAUAAUAAAAUUAAUUCUGUGUCUCUGCAUUGUAGCCUCAGGCUAGCAGCGUACAAUCAGUUUUGUAUGUAUAAUAGAUCACAGAGUUGUUCAUGAAUAAUACAAAUGCAUUGAGCAGAUACUAGUGAGUGAGGAUGUUUGUCUUUGCAUGGAAUCGAAGUGAACAUGUAAUAUUGUGAUAAUAUAUAUUUGAUGAAUUCAGGUCUGACUUGCCUUUGCCAUAGCCUGCUAAUUCCCCGACAAGGGUUGCCACAAUAAUUGAGUUUCCAAUAACAUUAUGAUUAUUUCCACAUGAUAAUUUAAUUGUAGGUAUUUUUUAAUAUUGUAAUAAUGUAGAUUUGUGAUUAUUAUGCAUUUGCAUGCAGAUUUUCAUGGUGUCUUGGAGCACAUCCCUACAUUUAUAACUUAAUUUCCUCUAUUAUUGCAUAUAUAUUUUGGGAUGAACUCAUUAAUGCAAACUAAAAAAAAAAAAAAAGUAGGUCUUUUUGGUCAUUUUGCCUUUAUUAUAAAUGGUUGAAAGCUUUGCUCAUUUUUUUAGACCAGCCUAAACAAGUGAAUAAACAAAAGACCACUGUAAUUCAUGGAUGGAUUAAUUUAAAAUAAUAAUGUAAUUACAAAUCAUGGCAGAUUUGUCUGGGAUAAUUGGGAUGUAGACUGGUACAAAUUUUGCUUUACUGAAACAAAGCUUGUUUAAAUGAAUCACCAAGUUUAGUAGAGGCUGUUUUCCAUUCUUCCAAUUCCCCAAUAUAACAUGACGGCAAAGUAACGCUGGCUCAAAAAUUGUGGAUGCCUGUGCAAAUGCAUAUAACAACAUGGAACCUGGAACUUCUGUACCUACCUAGAUAUUAUUUUGUCAAGCAAAAUGACCAGUAAGAAUAUAAUUCCAAAUACAGAGUCAUAACACCAGCAGGGAUUUCAAUCAGUUAAUUUCUCCACUCUGGAAAGAGGUUGGUUGCUUGUGUUAUAACAACCUUCAAACUGUGUUAGAAAACCUGGCCUGAAACUUAGUGGGACAAAGGGAAAUAGAAUUAAACUUUGUUCCCAUUAUUGGAGCAGACAUUUGUGCAAUCCUGUGAGCAUUCUGCCUCAAAUAGGAGAGCUCUCUUCCAGACCUAUCAGAAAUUCAAAGAAAAUGAGUAGGAAAUGUCUUUAGCUAAAUAUAUCUGUUUUGAAAAGAAACUUCCCAGAGAAAAUGACCUGGGCUCUGGGUGUUGCUUGAUUUUCUGGUACAUGUAGCUGUAGGACUGUCCUUAUCUGUAAAAUCUCAGCUCUGCAAAUUGAACAGGGGUCACAGCAGGGUUCUUGGUCUCUUUCAGGUUAUGCAUAGCUAAUAUGUUCAUUUUCCAUUACUUGCAUGGUAGGAACAUGCAGCAGGAACUAGGAGAACAGGCCUGUUCCAAAACUUCAUAAAUGAAAGUUUAAAACUAGGUGCUGGAAUAUCUAAUUUUCUGCUCUCCCUUCACGUUGCCCUUUAGUGCACAUCAAUGCUACUGUUUCCAGUGUGGUUUGGUGCCUGCUUUCUCCUUUCAAACUCCUCUUAAUUAUUCCUCUCAAUUAACCACAGACAAGACACAAUGAGAUUAAGUCCCUCUCUUUCAUCUUUCCUUGCUCUGUGGACCUAAGUGUUGAACAGAAAAGCUGAUGCCUGAUUUAGGCAAUGGGGAGAAAAGUCAUGAUUCUGCAGUACAAGAAGGUCUCUGUGCUUUGCAGCAGAACAACCACUUGUAUAGGUAAAUUAGAUUAUAUCCUGAAACCCAUUAAGGCUUUUUUAAAUUCCAUGUCUCACUAAGAAGUACCUGGCUGGUAACUGGCUUCUCUUGAAGCUGUAAAAGUAUCAAAACAUGAAAGCAGUCCCAUUGACAGAAGUUUAUAAAUCUAAACCCAUGCUUUGGUGAGACCAAGAGAUACUUCAAAACGGGAUCUGAGAGGUCAGUUUAUCUGUUAUUUUGUUUUAUAAUGGCCUACCAACAUAAAAUUAAGGAUGUCUUUUACCCUGUGGCCUUAGAUCUAAAAAUUAUCUCAGGUGUUUUCAUACAUGAAAUACCAUGGAAUAUGAACAUAUCAUUCUCUCCAUAAGUCUUGGAUGCAUGUUAUAAUUCUUGCUUGUUGUGAAGAAAUUUGACAUUGUGCCAGAUAACAAAUUAUUUAGAAUUGGAUGAUUGUCUUCAUUACUAUAUGUUUCUGAUGUUACUUACAUAGGUGGGUGUACAUAAAAUUAGAAGAAAGCCUGUUGAAAAACA